UAAAAGAGGGAAGGAGUGGUGUAUACCACUGGCGCAGCUCCUGUGCAUGUCUGCACCAGAUAAUGAGCUCAGAAAGGCCGCGGUUAAGAUGGGAGAUGAUCUCGCCUCCAGAGGACUGACCUACGCAGCGCAUAUCUGCUACGUGGUGGUGAAAAUGGACCUGGGGUCACAUUCACAGUUCGAUUUGAUCGGGUGUGACAGCAGCAGAAUGCCAUUCGGCCUGGUAGUCCUGAGUGAAGCCAUUAUGAGAACUGAGACGUAUGAAUACGCACUGUCGCUCAUCUCAGGGCUCGCCCAGCCAAGCUUCCAGAUGUUGAAGUUGGUUCAGGCUAGCAGGCUGGCCUAUUUUGAUCUGGCUGAAGGCAAUUCUUGUGGUGUCGCCCAAAAAUACUGCGAGACCAUGACUAGGGCAGCCAUGGCGUUUCCUGACAAAAUCACAGACAGCUUUAUUGAGCGGCUUAUUUUGAUGUCUUUCAACCUACUUGAAGAGAAAGCAGAAGAACCUGAGUGGCUGCUAGACCUCCAGCAGCUGCGCGAAAUAAAACAAGUAAAUGCGAAUGCUUAUGGUGAACCAGAGCAACGCACAGUAUCUACCAGCCAUGAGGUGGUUUCUGAGAGUCAGGACCCUCUCCAGUCCUUUGAUCUGGAGUGGCCCACUGACCCAGAGGCUUUGUUUAAUGCGCGGUACACUGUGCAAGAGCCGCUUGGAACUGGAGGCUUCGGCUCUGUCUACGCAGGAGUCCGGGAGAAAGAUGGGAAACGGGUUGCCAUUAAAUUUGUUAACAAGAAGAAAUUAAGCAAUACCAUAACCAUUCCUGGGGAGAUGCAGGUGCUGCCUCUAGAGGUAGCACUAAUGAAGAUGGUGUCAAAGACACCUCGCUGUAACAAUGUGGUGGAGCUUCUAGAGUGGUUUGACUUGGGUAUAAAGUACAUUAUGGUCCUGGAACGGCCCAGCGCCUGCAUGGACGUCUGGGAAUUUGCUAUGCUUCAUGACGACUACCUGUCUGAAGCACAGGCUAAAGAUAUAAUGCUGCAGGUGGUUUGGGCGGCUCGUCACUGCUGUGAACGUGGAGUUGUACAUUUUGACAUCAAGGCAGAAAAUCUUCUCAUCAACACUGAUACCAUGGAAGUCAAACUGAUCGAUUUUGGUGCUGGUGAACUGUUAAAGGACAUCCCUUACCAAACCUUUUCAGGCACUAAAGGCUAUGAACCUCCUGAGUGGCUGCUAAAUGAAGAAUAUAAAGGCAUUCCUGCUACCAUCUGGGGUUUGGGCAUACUCAUGUAUUACUUGGUCUGUGGACAUUACCCCUUUGAAUCUAAGGAGGACUUUUUUAGUGGCCACCUGGAAUUACGUCCUGAUAUGUCCCGAGAGUGCUUUGACCUGAUGAUGUGGUGCCUGGAUCUCAACCCUGAAAUGCGCCCGGGUUUCAACAUAUUGCUCAGACAUGAAUGGUUUACAGAGGCAGUCUACAGUAAAUAAUCUUUUUAUUAUUGACAUCUCAGCAGCACGUACAAAGAGCUUCCAAUGGUUGAGCUUUAUACAACAGUUACCAUCUUUAUUAUUUCAAGGGCAGAGUACCACACUCUGGGGAGGGGGAGUGGGAGAGGAUGUGUCCUCUUCCACAUAACCACAUACAUGCUCACAGAUGUGUACAGUAAGCUAGUGUAGUGAUUAGAAUGCGUGCACCCCGUAUGGUGGAGUUGGUGCAUUUCAGUUGUAUUAUUUUCUUGGGGCUUUAGUAUCCCAUGGCUAACUAUAUUACUUCAGUACUGUGCUUCAGGCAGCCCAUGGCGGCACUUUUUUAUGCGUUUGCUGUCAGCCCAGUUUUUCUGAGUGGCUCCCGGACUUUUUGGGGUAGUUCUCCUAGCUGUAAAAAUUGGGUGACCACAUCUAGAUAUUCAUGGCAUAUUUACUGUAUGUCCAUUAAAUUUUAAAAGGUUGCCAGGGCUACAUGCAGGCCAAAGGGCAGGACCCUAUAUUGCCAAUGCUGAAUGCUCUUU